AUUGUAGAGGCCGUUAGCGCGGAGAAAUGUAUAAAAGAUUUUGUUUUAGGCCUCAAGGCAUCAGUUGCUCAUCAGUUGCCAACCGACGCAAACCAAAUCCAAUCAAAAUGAAAUUGGUAAUCCUCGUUGCUGUUGCUCUCGCGGCUGUCGCCGUCGCCGCUCCCCCAGAGCCGGCCAAGAUCAUCAAGUCCGAAUACGACAUUCAGCCUCAGGGAAACUUUGUCUACAGCUUCGAGACUGAAAAUGGUAUUGGAGCUUCUGCCGUCGGUGAACUGAAGGAAGUCGUUGACGAGGACAACAAGCCCCGUCCCGUCAUUGUGCUCCGUGGUUCAUACGGCUACACCAACCCUGAGGGCAUCCGCGAGGAAAUCAUUUACUACGCUGACGAGACCGGCUACCACGCUGAGGGACCCUCCAUCCCCAAGGCCCCCGUCGCCCGCAGAUAAACAACCUAAAGCAAGACUCACCGAUGUCAUCAACUAAUAAACUUUAUGUUUAAGACAACUGGACUGCCAUAAGUUGAUUCGGCAUCAGCCAUAUGUUUUCAGUGUUUGAUGCUCACUGCCAUAGAUAUUAUGCGUACAUUAUAAAAUAUUGUUAUGUUUUAAUAACGCGUUAAACAUAUAAAAUAAAAUCAAGUCAAAUUUA